AUGAGGAUGGUGCUGAGAGUCAUGGUGGUUGUGGUUUCUGCUGUGACAGAUCUGAGUGCUGCAGUGUUGAACUCUCAGGACUAUAAAGCUUCUCAGUUCACUGGAGGCUCAGCAGAAGAUGCAAAGCCUCCGCUCUAUGGAAAUGAUUUCUCUGCACUGAAGGCAACACAACAAACGCUAUGUUCAUUUAAUCCAGUUUAUUUUUUAUAUUUUCAUAUAAAAAACUGGAACUUUUCCUCAGACAGAUGCUUGUUCAAAGUGCAGGAGGUUUUUGUACGGCCACUUAACGUGUUUGUAUCACUGUGGUACACUUUCGGUGGAGGAACCAAACUCGUCAUUGACUUGGGAGCAACACGGCCCUCUCUGACCGUCCUCCCCCCCUCCUCAAAGGAGCUGCAGCAGGGCACAGCCACACUGGUGUGUCUGGCCAGCGGGGGCUUCCCCUCUUCCUGGAGGCUGGGCUGGACGGUGGGAGGCAGCAGCAGCUCCUCAGGAGCGUCACACAGCCUGGAGGUCAUGGGGGGAGACGGCCGCUACAGCUGGAGCAGCACCCUGAGCCUCUCUGCAGACCAGUGGAGGAAGGCGGGCUCAGUGAGCUGUGAGGCCAGUCUGAGUGGACAGAGUCCUGUCACUCAAAGUCUGGACCCUGGGAACUGCUCCUCAGAGUAGAGCUCCAGAAACACUUCCUGUCUGUUCUCAUGUUUCUGCAGCUUCACAGCUUUCUGCUCAGUGUUUGAGUGUGCAGGUUGUUUUAUCUUCUGCAUGUUCUUCUUUCUGCUUUCACUCUUUAAAUAAAAGUUAAAACAUUUCA